GAUUUCUGCAACUUUGUUUCUCUCUCUUCUUUCUCUCUCUUAUCUUUUCUUCCAUUUUUUACUCCUAUUUCUGCCGUUUUUAUUUAUUACUAACAACUAAGAGAACCCAAGUUGAUGUUCCUGUGUUCUUACACAAAAAGAAAGGAGUUUUUGGAAUUGAAGAUUCGAUUACUGGAAGACAAAAAAAACGUCUAAGAUUGAGAGAGAAAGGGGGGAGGGAAAGUGGGGGGAGCCCCACCUGACUAAUCCAGAGAGAAUUCACCCUCCUAUUCUGCUACAGCAGGAAACCCAUUUGAAUUCACCUUCAGUUUCUGCUGCUAAAUAGAAAUUUUCAGCUGUAAUUCUUCUCCGGCGAAGUUCAAUGAUGUUGGGGGUUUCCGAUUCGUCGGGGAAUUCAAGUGGUGGUGCUGCUUCUGGGAACCAGGAAGGUGAUACGGGUGUUGUUGGUGGGUCAAUUACAGUUGCAAGUGAUGCUGGUGGAGGAAUUGGAGGUGGAGGAGAAGAUGAGAAGCUGAGAAGUGAAGAGGGCGACCGGAAUUCUACCGGAAACCGAUGGCCUCGUCAAGAAACUAUGGCUCUUUUAAAGAUACGGUCUGAUAUGGACGUUGCUUUCCGUGACUCCACUCUGAAAGGUCCACUAUGGGAAGAGAUUUCUAGGAAACUUGCAGAGCUGGGUUAUCAUCGAAGUGCUAAGAAGUGCAAGGAGAAGUUCGAGAACGUGUUCAAGUACCACAAACGCACCAAAGAAGGAAGAGCUGCUAGACCAGACGGUAAAAGCUACCGUUUCUUCGAUCAGCUCCAAGCUCUCGACCACCAUCACCCUUCCUUACUCCCUCCUCUCUCGCCACCAAAACCAGUGCUCCAAUCUCAAUCUCAAUCUCCGGCGGCACCGCCGCCAAUGCCGAUCUCGGCCACUCCUUCAGCAGCAGUUCCUCCACCACCAAUGCCGAUCACAGCCACUCCAACAGCAGUAGCACCACCACCAAUGCCACCACCAAAUGUGGUGUCUCGAGAGAUCGUCCCAGCUUCAACUCCUACAACUACUACAACCGUUACCACUACUACAACUACUAAAACGGCAGAUCCUGUGCCCAAUUCAUCAUCUCCACUGACUUCCUCGUCCUCCUCCGAGGAUGAAUCAGGUGGGAGCCGCUCGCGGAGUAGGAAACGGAAGAAGCUGACGGAUUUCUUUGAGAAACUAAUGAACGAGGUAAUCGAGAAGCAAGAGAUGCUACAGAAGAAGUUCUUGGAGGCCAUAGAGAAACGAGAACGCGAGAGGGUAGCUAGAGAAGAAGCCUGGAAGGUUCAGGAAAUGGCAAGGAUGAACCGAGAGCACGAAAUGAUAAUGCAAGAACGUUCCAUCGCCGCCGCCAAGGACGCAGCAGUGAUCGCAUUCUUGCAGAAGAUAUCGGAACAGGCGAGCACGGUACAGUCCUCGGAGCUGCUAUUGCAAUUACAUGAAAGCCAAAAACCAAACCCAAGCCCAAAUCCAGUUCCAACUCCAAUUCCAAUUCCAACUCCAACUCCAACUCCAACUCCAACUCCAACUCCAAUUCCAUCACAGCAGGCAGUGCAACCGCCGUCAAGCCAAGCACAACCAUCGCCGGAGAAGAUGAUGGUGGCGAUCUCAAGGCCGCCACCGGAUAAUGCUGCCGACAGCUUUGCUGCAACCACGAGUGGUGGUGGUGGCGGUGGCGGCGGCGCCUCGUCAUCUCGAUGGCCGAAACCGGAGGUUCAGGCAUUGAUUAAGCUGAGGACUAGUAUGGAUGUGAAGUACCAGGAAAAUGGGCCCAAAGGACCACUAUGGGAGGAGAUCUCAGCUUCCAUGAGAAAGCUUGGAUACAACAGGAACGCCAAGAGAUGCAAAGAGAAGUGGGAGAACAUCAACAAGUACUUCAAGAAGGUGAAAGAGAGCAACAAGAAGAGACCAGAGGAGUCCAAGACCUGCCCCUAUUUCCACCAGCUCGAUGCACUCUACAAGGAGAAGAGUCAGAUGCAGCUCCAGCAGCAGAAGAUGGACAGUAGCAGCAGCAACAACCCAUUGGGUAUGGGUAUAGGUAUAGGUAUGGUUCCUUACGGAGUGAAGCCGGAGAACAUGGUAAUGCCGCUCAGGCAAGAACCUCUGCGACCACAUUCAGAUGUGGAGAGUGAGAACAACAUGGAUAUGGAGCUGGAGCCCAACCAAGAACAAGAAGACGGAGACGAUGAAGAUGAUGACGAUGAUGAAGACGGAGAUUUCGAGAUUGUGGCCAACAAUUCUUCAUCGAUGGCCAUCGUCGAGUGAGACAAGAAUAAGAAAAAAAAAAAAAGUUUUACUAUUAUUCCAUCUAUCAUCAAUCAUCAAUCAUAGAGAGAGAGAGGGGUAUCCAUGUGGGUGUGCCAUUAGUGACUGAAGAAGCUUGGGGAAAUGGGUCAGAUUUGCAGAGAUUGUCGGAUUGGUAAGUGGGUCUCGUCAGAUUCUGGUUAGUGUUCAUCACAAAUUGGAUGGACAGACUGCGUUUGAUCUGAUCCUGCAUUGGGAUUCUGGGUUAUUCUGUGUAGCUUAAGUUGGGUAAGUAUAUAAAUUUAUUUAUUAUUUAUUUCGCUUAAUAAAUACUCCAACGAGAGAUAUAGAGAGAGAAAGAAGGUAUGAGCGGCAGAUUUCACAGUACAGAAUAAAUUUGGGUCAGGAUUUCAAUAAAGAUUGAUGUCAGGACAGUAACAGUAGUGAUCAUCAUAUGCACUGGAAGAGCUAAAUUUUCUGUUCUAAUCUUAUCUUUCCUAGC